AUGGCAAAUGCAGAUGACUGUAGGGACGAUAUUAGAGUUAAUAUCACGUUAGUUGAUAUUCUCGAUUAUGUUGGAGAUAGUGUCCGGCCAAUUCGUGAAGGUUGCGCUGUGUUUGAUGCAGGGCACGUUGUCUGUAUAGGAUAUACAGAAAAAGCAGAUUGCGCUGUAACUUACUGUGGCUAUGUUCUGCAAUCAUCACAUCCUGGCCAAAUUCCACACAAAACGAGUCUAACCAUAUCAGCGGAUGUAUCAAAGUGGGUGUGUAUUUGCUCCUGCAAAGCAGGAACUUCUCGUUGCAAACAUAUUAUCGCGUCUAUGCUGACGCUAAAUCGAUCGGGAAACGCGUCGUAUUUGUCGUGCACCGACACAGUUCAGGCAUGGGGAAUCACAAAAAGUGAAAGGACAGCUCCUUGGGGUGCAAAACGGACUGAUGACCUCUGCUGUGUGAACCACCCAAAGAAAAUAAUGCCUACGGAUAAGACUAUGGAAAAUAACAUACUGAUGGAAUCAUUCCACCGGAUUUUAAAGGUGGCCAAAGAAUCUGCCAUCAGUAAACAUCAGUUGGGAAGGCAUCUUAACAUUCCUUCAGUAGAUCCAAAUCGAGCUGUGCAAUGUCGUGGUAAUGGAGACGAAUUCUGUGCAAAAGAUGAGUUGAGAUCUCUGUUAAAUGGAUAUUCGGAUGUUUUGAUAUCCGAAGCUCCAUUUGAAUCAGUUGUUGAGAAGACCUGGCAAACGCAACCGGUACGAGAAGGAGGACCAUUGAUCAAGAGCAAGGCGCUGUUGGAGGAGGAAACAAUUUGGCGAAUUCGGGGGAACACGCUGGACAACAGGACGAACUACCACCGUCAGGGUCAUCGACGCCACGACUGGUUUCGUUCUCAGGAGGACGGGGUCAAAGUUUGUUAUUGUCAAACUCACAUGAAGAUCGUCGAAGCAUCAGGAGCGGCCUAA